CAACCGCCUAGGCGUGUAAAAAUGAUUGUGGCUUGUGAGAAAGAAAACCCCUAAAAAGUCUAAAACCCUCCCGAGUUCAAGCCUUUGAAACAAACUGCUAAAACUCAGAGCUCUCGGACUUAAUUCCCAAAUCAAAUAGCUGAAACCCACAACCAAAUUCAAACGCAAAACGCCUAUUCUGAUGAUAAGUCCAAAUGAAAAAAUCCUAAAGUAUUAGGAGUAAUAAUUCGGUGAAACCCUAAAAGCAAAAACCACCUUGAGUAUUGAUUUGGUCCCUUGUCUUGAAAAUGUGAAGGAUGCAAAUUGUAAGAGGAGGACGGAUAUUCUGCUUCAAGCAAUCCGCAGCUCCUGCAACGUUGUUUGCUGAGGCAAGAAAUAUAGUGCGGCGUGGAAGAUCAUACGCCGCUUCUCUUCCUUCUGACUCUCCAAAGCGCAAAAGAGUCUCAAAGGAUGAACGACGAGCUAUGAUCGAAUCUUUCAUCACUAGGUAUAGAUCAGUAAACGCCGGGAAAUUCCCAUCUGCAUCUGCAGCUCAAAAAGAAGUGGGUGGCUCUUAUUAUGUUGUUAGGAAGGUUCUUCAAGAGUUGGAGUAUAAUUCUAAAGUAUGCUCCUCAAAUAGCAGUUUCGAAAAUUUAUCUGGAAAAGUUGUCAAUAAAGAGGAGAAAUCAUUUUCUGAAGUUCAAGUGGUCUCGACUGCUGUCAGAGUCCAAAAUGACACUUGUACAGAAGCUAUAGAUGAUGUGAAGAUGCUUGAUUCUGAUGACAAACAACUGGAGGCUGAGGGAGUGUUGCGAGUAUAUUCUUCAGAAGAGGAGACAUUUUCCAAAGGGGUUCUAAAGCCCCAAACUCCAGGUAGCCAUUAUGAUUUUGUUUUAGAAGAAAAUAUUGUGUUGAAAGAUGAUGCUAAGAGUCUUGAAAAACAAGAGGAUGCUAAAGUAGAGGAUGCUGGCAAAGAUAGUUAUGAUAAAUUUCAGAUUGUUCCAGACAAACAAAAAAGUGUGGAAGUUUCUGAUCAACACCUUGAAUCAGCAGAGGAGUGUAAAACUGAGUCUCAUGGUGUUCAGUCGGAUUUUGUUGGAGUAAAAGGUGACCUAGUAAAAAUAGAAACUGAGGUUGGACAUGCAGAGGGUGAUGAAAAGGAACAAAUUGCAUCUGAAGAGUUACUAAAUUCUGGUGGUCCAGAGCUUAAAGCUGAGCACCAUAGACAAUCCUCAGAAGAGGAAAAACAUGCAAGGAACUUCUUGAGUGAACAGAGUGAUGAUGCAGAAUUUUCAAAGAAGUCAACUCUUUGGGGGAACCUUAAGUCAUUUGCUGAUGGUAUCAUCAAUAUGUGGAGAAAGCUAUGAAUUCUUGUUGGCAUCACUGGGAGAAAGCUGUAAAUUUUUGUCAGGGCUAGGUUUAAUUGAACCUCUCUGCAACCUAAAUGUUGUUGGGCAAAGAUAAUGGUAAUAUAUGUCAACAAUGGAUGAUUUGCUCCUCGCCUCCUAUCCCUCUCUCUCCCUCUGUGCUAUUGCUAGUGAAUCUUAAUUAUAUGCCCUAUGCCCUUCAAUCAGUAAACUGUUAGAAAACAUAAAAGUAUUCUUUAGUAACUGCAGUGGGCGUUGGUGUCAUCAUUUCUUUGAUUGAUGGUUUGCGGAUAUAAGAUUCCCUACACCACUGGAAUUGUCAUGUGAAAGAGAGAAACGAAAGGCAUGGGAAUUUUGUUGAAGGUUCAAGUUUUUCCUCCUCCUUAAUGAUUUUUUCAAUGACUUUGCUGCAUGAAUGCUUAAGAAGUUAUUGUAGAGAAUGAAUACACCUGUAUGUGUCCUAUGCUUAGUUAUUUAUUUCCAGAAAGCGUGUGAGUUGGAUAUGCAUAAUUCUGUUACUACAUUGUCUUU